AUGCCUUUGGCUAGAGAUUUACCAUAUUCCUCCUUGGAAAAGGAAAAAACAAACAAAAAAAAAACCCCACAACAUAAAAAGAAACGGCCAGUUCAAAGUCAAAAUUCUUAUUUUAUGGCUGUAAAAUGUCCAGGUUGCUACAAGAUCACAGGUUUCAGCCGUGUGCAGGUGGUGUUUCUUUGAGCAGGUUGUUCGGUGCUGUUCCAGCAGACAGGAGGAAAGGCUGGAUUCAUGGAAGGGUGUUCAUUUAGAAGUCAAGCCGGGGGGUAACAGGGAAAUGAAGAAGGGUCAAAUCAAGAAACAUGUAUAAAGGACCCAUGGACAAAGCCAAAGUGGGGAAGGACUGAGGGUGGGAGCUGGGGGUGGAUGGGGCAGG